CAGGAAGUGGAUAAAUGAACCGUGGAUAUGUAACGUUAACCUGUAACACACCUCCAAGCAGCGGAGACGAGAUGCCCCACAUGUGCCACAACAUGCGGAGGUUUGGCUUCUCCCUCCACCGCCACAUCUCGUCCCUCCCCUCCUCAUCCACUGUCCCCUCGGGCACCAGGACAUGCUGCCUCCUCCAAAGGGUCUUCCCGGGUUCCCACGCGUGUUACCGGAGCACCUUGCCUGGUCCGAGCUGUCGGCACAAGAGGGAUGUGAGCACAGCCCUCGGGUCCCACAUCCAGGACCCGAGUGGGCCCGAGCAGAGGCUGCUGGAUAGACUGUACGAUGGGUUGAUCGGAGGACAGCGGGCGUCUCUGGCUGAGUCCAUCACAUUGGUGGAGACCCAGCAUCCCAGGAAGAAAGAGCUGGCCCAGCUGCUGCUGCAGAGGGUACUGGUCUACAGGAGGGAGCAGGAGAGUCGUAAUGGAGGGAAGCCCGUGGCUUUCCGAGUAGGUCUGUCCGGUCCUCCAGGAGCAGGGAAGUCGUCCUUCAUCGAGGUGGUGGGGAAGAUGUUAACAGCACGCGGACAUAAGGUCUCAGUGCUGGCUGUUGACCCGUCCUCCUGCACGACAGGAGGGUCUCUGAUGGGUGAUAAGACUCGUAUGACUGAACUCUCCAGGGACAUGAGUGCUUUUAUCAGGCCGUCGCCGGCCUCAGGAACACUUGGUGGAGUCACCAGAACAACUAAUGAGGCCAUUGUUCUCUGUGAAGGAGCGGGAUAUGACAUUGUCCUUGUCGAGACCGUAGGUGUGGGCCAGUCGGAGUUUGCAGUGGCUGACAUGGUUGACAUGUUUGUGCUGCUGAUUCCGCCAGCAGGGGGCGAUGAACUCCAGGGUAUCAAGAGAGGCAUCAUUGAGAGGGCCGACUUGGUGGUGGUGACGAAGUCGGAUGGAGACCUGGUGGUGCCCGCCCGGAGGAUCCAGGCUGAAUACACCAGCGCCCUUAAACUGCUCAGGAGACAGUCCAAAUCCUGGAACCCUAAGGUGGUGCGCACCUCCUCACACACCAGUGAGGGCAUCCCAGAGGUCUGGGCAAAGAUGGAGUCGUACCGGGACGCCAUGUUGGCCCGCGGUGAACUGCAGGGCCGCAGGAGGGCCCAGCAGAAGGUUUGGUUGUGGACUUUGAUCCAGGAGAACGCCCUCUGCCAUUUCCAGAAUCACCCCAGUGUGAGAGAGGCUCUGCCUCACCUCGAGGAGAGGGUCACCAAAGGAGCAAUCUCCCCGGGCCUGGCUGCUGACCUGCUUCUGAAAGCCUUCUCAUCAUCAUCGUCUCCAUCAUCAUCACCAUAGCAAUCAGUGGGGCUGCACUUUUGUAAAAGGAUGGAUGGCUCAUGGCCGGUCAGGACCACCCAGUGCCAAGGAAAGCCCGGACCAUGUGAGAACAUCAGAAUAACGGCAUCUUCCAAAUCAGGAGAGGAAGAGCGGGCUGUGAGUGGUCCCGUCUCAUCUGCUGCUUCAAGGCGCAUUCAUUGGGACCCUGGACGGCAUUUCAAUUGCGUUUGAUAUCGCUGUGAGAUAUGAAAUGUUGCGCUGCCAACUGGUAACCAGCCGGUUGUCUAGAGCAGAUCCUGUCCUCGAUGACAGAGACACCGGAGACCCUCGCUUUAAUACGAGAACUGUAAAGACUAUGUUGUUACAUUGGGAGUUUGCACAAUACCCAUCACCUUUAGGAAUGGGGUCAUUACAUGUGACUUGUUCAUGGCCUAAAUAUUGGCAUGACCAUUACUGUAGUGGUAUGAUUUAUUUUGUAUGACACUUGCUCACCCCUCUCAUACAGUGAUCGAUAAUGUACUCUAUCUGUCACCCAAAAAUAAAUGAUCGGUCUCAGAGAGAGGGGAUUUGUUAUGGUCAGGUGUUUCUCUUGUUGAGCAAUCACACUGUCUCCCUUUUGAAAAGCAACUGACCGAUACAAAUGUUUUUAUUCUCUAGUUGUGUUCCCGAGUUGAAUAUUAUAUUAAAAGAAUGAUGUGAAUCUUAAA